AGUGCGGUGGUAUACCUCCAACGUUAAUGGCGCCGUGCCGACCUCCCUGCUGCACCGACUAGUCAGCGCUGACGUGGACAACAAGCUUGCCACGCUGGCAGGAGGAGACGCAACGCUGGGGAACCGACUGCUUGCUCUCCCCCUGACCCCCUCCUCGCACCUCCUCCUCUUCCCCUCGGGUCAUCGCUACGACUGCCUUGCCGCCACCACCCACUCCUCCCCGUCCUCCUCCCGAGCCUCCGGGCGAGGUUCGGGGAGCAUUGGCGCGGCAGAGGGAGAGGCGCAAGGGUGUGUGGUGCGUGGGAGCAGAGUGGGGAAGAAGAUUCUGCAGCUCACAGCUUUCAACAGUGGUGAAUGGGGCGACCAACCAGCCCCUGCUUCCAGAAACUGCGAGGAAACAUCCUCCGUCAACCAUCGAGAGGGGUGGGGGAGCAACAGGCCACACAUGCCUUCACGGCAGCAGCAGCAGGGAACAGGCAGGCAGCAGCAGCAAAUUAUGACCUGCCACGUGGCGGCUCGAUCUUUGCACCACGUCCACCUGCUGGGUCUGUCGCAUGGGUGCAAUGGUGAUGGCAGCGGCUGCGGUACAGAUAGGGAGGGGGAGAUGGCUGAUGAUGGAGAGAUGGUGGAUGGAGAGCCGUCUGCUGCGGAGCUCAAGGCGAAGCUUCUCGCGUCGUUCGCCUCCCCAACGCCCCUUGCACACGUUGCCUUCCGCCCCCUCCCCUCCUCCCCUGUCCCCACUCAACUCGCCCUCAUCACCUCCACCGGCCGACUGCAAGUGAUCGACCUGCACCAUCCCCCUCCCUCACUCUCCUCCUCACUCCCCUCCUCUCUCUCCUCCUCCUACCCCUCCUCCUCCCCUCCCUCCUCCUCUCCCUCCUCUUCCACAAUCCUAGCCCGUCCCAUCCCCCUUGGACCAGCACCAGGCAGCAGGGAUUACGGCUACAGUAACUACACUAAAUCCUCGUUAAAAGCUGGUAAAGCUGGUGCAGACGAAAUUGCAACAGCAGCAGCUGGGGGAAGAGGCUUGGCGGAUUGGACCACCCCCAUUGGCGGAGUUGCCUUGGGAGGUCCGGUCCGAGGCUGGGGCAGGCCCGGUACGGCAGCAGGUCUGGGCGCAGGCUUGGGACUAGGUUCGGGGGAGGAGACGGAAGAGGCUCGGAAGAAGCGGUGGGAGGAAGAGGUGAGGUGGAGAGAAGCGGAGGGGAGGCUAGGGUGGGAGGGGUGGUGGCAGUGCGAGUAUAUGGGCGAUGGGGAACCCCACCUGCUGCUGACUGCCUGUGCCGACCAGAUUGGAAUGGUAGACCUCCGAAUGGGCUUGAACCCGGGUGGCAAGCAGCAGGAGAGAGGCGCGUUUGCGGGGAGAGCAGGAGCAGGAGUGGGCGGAGGAGCGAGAGGAGGAGAGAGGGGAGUUGGGAUGAGACUGGUAUCAGCGGGGCAGCUGCCACAGCACUCGCUGCCGUCGUCCCUCUCCACUCUGCCCUCCCACGCCCCCGUCCUCCGCCAGUCCUUCUGCGCUCUAGCCACAUCCGCCUCCACCUCCCCUCCCCCUUCCUUCCUCGCCUCUCCUCCAUUCUCAAAGGCCGGAUGCUCUACUGGUUACUUGGACAGCCGCUGGUUUGCCGUGGCCUCCAGUCGCCUGGUGAUGCUGUUUGAUCUGCGCAACACUGUUGCACCGCUGCUGCAGUGGGAGCACGGUAUGGAGGACGACCCACCUCGCCUGCUGCACUUCAACUACCUCGGAGCAGCUUAUAAAGGGGAUGGGCGAUACAGAACAGCAGCCGAUCACGGACGAGGGAGCAGCACUGGAGCUGUCAACCCGCCCAAUAACAGAUCCCCGUCAGCGUCUCGUGUGAUACCGUCUCAGCUGCUGCAGUCGCACUCGAGAGUGGCCGUGGAUGGGCCUGCCACUCCCUUCGCACCUCUGCAUGACAGUAAAGCCCCCCCACCUCAGAUCGCUCUCACUGCAGCCGCCUUGGGUUCAGGCAGGGUCGUCACAUGCCCCAUCGCUCUCACUACUGUCACUCCCCUUUGCACUUCCUCUGCUGCUGCUGCUGCUGCUGCUGCUGUCGCUGGAUCAAGAGUACCAGCAGGAACAGCAGCAGCAGAGGCAGCAGCAGCAGCUAAGACCGAAGCUGCUGCUGCCCGUCGGGCAGCGAAACGCUUCACGGCUGCCCAGCAGCGCACGCCGCACCUUUUCCGAGCCUUGUCUGGAGGCUUGGCAGCCGUGGCUGCGGCGCCCUUCCCCUCCUGUGCUGGUGGUGCGGAUGUGACUGUAACAAAGGGCAUGAUGAUAAAAGCAGCAGACAGGGAGGAAGGGGAGGAGGAGGAGGAGGAGGAGGAGGAGGAGGAGGAGGAGGAGGAGGAGGAGGAGGAAGAGCAGGAGGAAGAUGGCUAUGAAGAAGCAGAAGGGGAGGAGGGAAAGGUGGAGAAGAAAGGAAUCCGACGGGAAGAAGUGAAUAAAGACACUGGGUGCAACAGCAAGCAUGCAUCCUCGUUACAAGCAUCUUCGUUAAUACAGCGGCCUACACCCAAACCCAAGGGUUCUCAGCUCGUCUCCACUCCUGCCCUCCUCCCCCUAGAGAUCCCGACCCCCUUCGAGAGGAAGCGACCCAGAAGCAUCCUGCCGCGCUCCCUGGAUCCUGUGGACGUGCUGCAGGCGUCUCAGCCAAUCCCGUCGCUCCACGUGGCGGGCACUGCCCUCGCUCCAAUCGCAGGCCUCGCCUGUAUAAGCACCUGGCCAUGUGAUCGUAACGUUUCUUGCCUUGCUAGCCAAUUAAUAGGGGCAAGGGGGUGUGAGGAUGGCUUUAACGAGGGGGGCUGUAGCAAGGAGGUUCUUGCUAAGGAGAAGAGUGAGGGGGAGGGUAAGGGGGUAUCAUUGGGAAGAUUUGAUAUUGUUCAGCUGACGAGGCUUGGAGACGUGUGGGCGGCAUCGUACGGCAUGGAGUGGGAGGGAAGGCGACGCAAAAGGAAACAGAGAGGAGGAGGAUUAGGAGAGGAGGAGGACAGAAGAGAGAAGGGUUUUUUAGGAGAAGAGGGGGGAGAGGAGGAGGGAGAGGAGGGAGAGGAGGAAGAGGAGGCUGAGGACGAUGGUAUGUUUAUGAGUUCUGAAGACAGGAGCAGUGAGAGGAAGAGGAGUGGCAGGAGGGGGGGAAAGACAGGAGAGGGAUCUUCUGGGGGAGGGAGGUUUCCGUUGGUGCUGCCAGCAGCAGCAGCUGCUGCUGGUGCGUUGGAGGAAGCACCCGUGGUGAAGCGGAAGAGUGACAAGCUGGUAGCACCUCGAUCGUACACCAUUCAGCUGCCGAACGUGGCAGAAUACGUUCGCUCUGCGCUGGAUGCUGAGGUUGGUAGGAGCGGGAGGGAGGGGGGUGUGGGAUGGGAGGUGCCGGAGAGGAGGCAGCAGCAGCAGCGGGAGGAAGGGGGCUUGGAGGUAUCUAUGGGUAGAGUAGUGGAGAUCUGCACAGAAGACACCAAGACGGCAUGGCCGCUGACAUGUCAUGAGAUAGCAGAGGCGGCAGCAGCAGAUGCCCAUCUCGCCCAGCCAAUCAGCGAGCGCCACAUGGUAGCACGUGGACAGCUGGUGGACUCAGCCCUGCUGUCCCUGGGCCGCUUGGGGCUCAUGGGGGAGAAAAACGACCAGGGUGGUGCUGGUGGUGGUGCGGGUAGUGCUGGUGGUGCUGGUGGUGCUGGUGGUGGUGCCGCUGACGUUACCAAUCCGUCUGGGCAUUCCGUGUCAUCUCAACCUCCGCACCUCUCCUCCUCCCAGCACUUCCCUUUUGCAUCGCAACAAAGCCUAUUCGCCUCCCAAGCAACGCCCUUUGCCUCCCACCCCGGCAACUUUGACUCGCAACAAACUCUCUUCUCCUCACAGCAGAGCUUCUACCCCUCUCAGAACCCCAUAGACUCUCAACAGUUCCCUUUUGACACUCAGGAGAGCAUUGCUCCUCCUCACAUGCUGCCACCUGGCGGCUUGCACGGGAGUGCGGCGCUGCCAGGCCAGCAGCCGGUGCAGCCGAAUCAACAGAUGCCAGGUCAGCAUCGGGUCACUGUGGCAGCAUGUAAAGAACGGGUUAGUGCUCAGUCAGCAGCUGCAACAGGAGCAGCAGCAGCAGCAGAAGCAGGAGGAGGGGCAAGAGGAGGAGCGGCAAGAGCAGCAGCAGCGACUGCCACGGUGGCGGCGUCUACAAGCCGGUCUGUGUUUCUUGCACCGCUGUAUGUUGGCCCGGCAUGGCCUGAUGCUGUCAUGCUGCCGGGACAACAGAGGCGGGGGACGGGACGAGGGAGUGAUGGUGUGAAAAGGAGUGAGGGCGGGAGAGGGAGUGAGGGUGGGAGAGGGAGUGAGGGUGGGAGAGGGAGUGAGGGUGGGAGAGGGAGUGAGGGUGGGAAUGAGGAAGUGGGUGUGAGGAGGACCGAGGAGGGGAGUGGGGGUUGGAGGGAGAAGAGUGGGAGUGGGGAGAAGGAGGGACUGCUGGAGGAGGGUGCGAGUGCGGAGCCAGGGGGAAGAGGGGAGAUUCCCGGCUGGCACCGCCAGCAAGCCACGUGUCGCAUUGUGAUUGGGCGAUGGGACGAGGCGAUUCAGGAGUGGACGGGGAACAAGGAGCGAGGGGAGAUACCGACUUUGCAGUUUGAUCGAGAGACAAGUGAAGCUGAUGAGAAGGAGAAAGCAAGCAUUGCUCGAAUGGUAGCUGCAUGGGGACAAUAAAGCAUGCUAUAAUCUGUAGGUUUUGCCUUGAGUGUAGUUUUUAAUUCAUCGUUUUAUGCGAAAUUUUGUGUGUAACAUAUUUCCAAAAGCAAGUAAGUGUAUGUGUAGCUAAUGUUCAGGUUUCCUGAAA